CCGCCUCGUGUCCCUCUGUUCCCAUCCCUGUCAGCUCGCCUUCAGUUAGUUUAGCAGGCUAAGUAAGGAGAGAGGAGGGCUGUUCCCUUUCGUCUCUGCUCAGUCUGCUGCUCAGCACGCCGUCAACACACAUUCCACACCAUGGCUGCCACGGACGUGGACGUAUUUUCGAAUGAGGAGAAACGUAACCUCAGCCUGGGUGGCCAUGUUGGAUUCGACAGCCUCCCUGACCAACUGGUCAGUAAAUCGGUCACACAGGGUUUUUGCUUCAACAUCCUCUGCGUAGGAGAAACUGGCAUUGGCAAAUCAACAUUAAUGAACACACUGUUUAACACCAUGUUUGAAAAUGAGGAGGCGAGCCACUACCAGAAUGGCGUGUAUCUGCGGCCGCGAACCUACGACCUCCAGGAGAGCAACGUCCACCUCAAACUAACGAUUGUUGAUACUGUUGGGUUUGGUGACCAGAUCAACAAGGAGGACAGUUACAAGCCAAUCGUGGACUACAUCGACACCCAGUUUGAAAACUAUCUGCAGGAGGAGCUGAAAAUCAAACGCUCGCUGUUUAACUACCAUGACACCAGGAUCCACAUCUGCCUUUACUUCAUCGCCCCAACAGGACACUCCCUCAAGUCCCUGGACCUGGUCACAAUGAAGAAACUGGACAGCAAGGUCAAUAUAAUUCCCAUCAUUGCCAAAGCGGACACAAUCUCCAAGAGCGAGCUUCAUAAAUUCAAAAUCAAGAUAAUGAGUGAACUCGUGAGCAACGGUGUCCAGAUCUAUCAGUUCCCGACAGACGAUGAAGCUGUUAGUGAGAUCAACGCCUCCAUGAACGCCCACCUGCCAUUCGCUGUGGUCGGAAGCGUGGAAGAAGUCAAAGUGGGGAACAAAACAGUGAGGGCCAGACAGUAUCCCUGGGGAGUGGUGCAAGUUGAGAACGAGAGCCACUGUGACUUUGUAAAACUCCGAGAGAUGCUGAUCCGGGUCAACAUGGAGGAUCUGAGGGAGCAGACGCACGCCCGCCACUACGAGCUGUACCGGCGCUGCAAACUGGAGGAGAUGGGCUUUAAAGACACAGACCCAGACAGCCAGCCCUUUAGUCUUCAAGAAACAUACGAAGCCAAGAGGAAAGAGUUCUUAGGGGAUCUGCAACGUAAAGAAGAAGAAAUGAGGCAAAUGUUCGUAAACAAAGUAAAAGAAACCGAAGCAGAACUCAAAGAAAAGGAACGAGAGCUCCAUGAAAAGUUUGAGCAGCUGAAGCGGAUGCACCAGGAUGAGAAGAGGAAGGUGGAGGAGAAGCGGAAGGAGCUGGAGGACGAGAUGAAUGCCUUCAACAGGAGGAAGGUGGCAUGUGAGACGCUCUCAUCUCAACCCCUCAAGAAAGACAAGGACAAGAAAAAUAGGUCGGUGAAGACAGAGAACCAGUCCGGAGUGAGCGCCUCCAGCUCCAAAGUGAUGAUGGCCAAGGCCAGCGUGGAGCCCUUGAACUGCCAGAGCUGGUGGCAGGCCAUACAGUGCUGCACCUGCCUGGUCCACAACGCCGCCUGGAAGCCUGAGGGGGGCGUCUUCUGAUGCCCGGGCUUCACAGGGAUUGCACCGGCAAUCGCCCCGGAGUCCGAACCGAGACCAAAGGACGGAGCCAGGUGGGGAUGGCCGGAGACGAGGAGGGCAUGGAACUGGGAGCAACGAGGAGAAACAAGGCCAAAAUGUUAGCAUUAUGCCACUUUCAGUCCUUUUGCCACCUCAUUUUGUUUAUUACUUUAAAAACCCUUUGAUCCAGUCAGCCUAAUCUUAAAUCUCCUGUCGGUUUACAGUUGGGGAUUUCGUAGUCCUCCCAAAUUGUUUGUAGAGGUUCAGUCCGGAAACUGUUCACCGCGCCCCUUCAGAAACCUCCCAUUCUGUCUCAAGGCCAUCCUGUUUGUUUUGUGUUGUCUGUGCAGUGCUUCUCUGUGUUUGCGAUUGUGUGCAGACAGUAUAAAACCUAACCUUGUUGGGAUCAUAGUGUAAAAAGAAAAUUCUCCAUUUGCUCAGUGAGUCACAAAGAGCUUGGGUAACAUUUCUUUCAAGCAAAAGGAUUGGAACUCAUUUGGUUUACAAGAGAGUUUUUGUUUAUCUCAUAUCCUGUCUUUCCUUUACUUAUACAUUCAUGUUGUGCUAUAGUUUGUCUCUAGCAGAAAUAAGCCAUGUUUUUAAGAGAAAGUGGAGUUGCACUGGGAGGUAAAUUCAGUAUCGUGCCAAAUGAAAUGAAGCUGAACUAUCUGAAAAUCCUCCAUUUCUGAUUAAAUAUAAACAUUUUCGAUAGAUUUGGCUUUACAAGAUUCAUCCACCAUUCAGCUGAACGGACCUCUGAUUUUAUUUAGAUGCACAUCAACUUUAAUGGCGAAUCUGUGAAUCUCUGUAAAUUUAUCCCUAUCAACAUGUCAUGGUGGAGAGUCUGUGACAAAUCGCUGUUUUGUAGAUAAAAGAAAAUAACUGUUCAGUAUUUAAAAAGGGAAUGCAAAGUAAUUUCUUCAGGGCAGAUGUUUACAGUAUUGAUGUGAAAUAUUUAAAGUAAAAGUUAUUUAAAAUAUAUUUAUUUAAAGUAAAAGAAAAAAAAUCUUUAUUUUAUUAUAGUUUUGUUAUGUUAUGGCUCUUUAUUUUAGAAGUCCUGGAUUUUGUAUUACCCACAAUAACUCAAAUUCAGAUCCUGAUAAUGUAACAGAGGGGGUUUGGAGUUUGGGAGAUGGUUCCGCUUCUCGAUGAAAGGUUUUACGGUUUGUGGCUUUAUGGAAAAAUAUGAGAGUUUGCAGACAAAUCCAGCGUUAGUGCUGAAGGAAUGCAGGUUUUCCCUGUUGGAGAAUGAGACUGAAACUAACUGGGAAUGACGAGGUUGAUUUUGCAGAAGAUGGUAAUCAAGAUUUUUUUAUCAAAAGGAGUCAUCUCAUUGUAGCACAGUGUGGUUACAAACUGGCAUGUGUUCAUACAGCAUUCAGCAUUGGGCUCAAAGCUGUUUCACUCUCUGGGUGAUUUAAGGUGCCUUGCAGAAGUAUUCAUAUCACUUGAACUUCAACGUAUGUUAUUGGGAUUCUAUGUGACUGCAUAUGAGGAAAUGACUACUUUCAAUGUAAAGUCUAAUAGUGAAGAUGGAGGAAACUUAUGGGUUGCAGUUACAGCUGUAACUAUAGUAUGCAUCUACCAACUUUGCAAAUCUGACAUUUCUGCCUGUUCUUCUUUGCUAAACAGUCUAAGACCAGCCGGUUUGGUGUCUAGCUAAAAAUGAACAAAUAGAUUUAGUGUUGGACUGAAUUGGCCGUAAUUUAGGUUUUAUUCACAGUUUCAGGUCUGUUGAAGCCUCCAGCUGGUUUUUUUCUAGAAUUGGCCUGUAUUAUUCAGUUUUAAUUUCCCUUCCCCCACUGAAGAAAAAAAGCAGCCCACACCCAGCAUGAUGCUGCCACCUCUAUGUUUCACAGUUUAGACAGUAUGUUGAGGCUGGUGUUCAGGGUUAGAUAGUGGUUUGCAUGUAAAUAACGUGUUUGAGAGUUUAGGUGUAAAAUGUACUUUUAUUAGUUCUUUAGUUAUUAAUUAUUGAUUCUGUUGAUCAAUACAUGCAAUCCAGAAAAACAAUAUAAAGUUCAAGGUAAUAAGGACACUUUUGCAAGGCUCUGCCUUUAUCUUGAACUCAAAGUAAGAAGUUGUGCUCACUGUUAACUAUCUUCAGAUUAAUUCUGUUUAACCUUAAAAGCCUUAUGAAUACAGCAGCAGGCCCAGGUGUGUUUGUAUGUUGGUAACUCAAUCAGUGGGUUCUGUGUUGGGCAAUGAUUUUUAGAUGAUGGUGUACAGAUCCAAGCUGUAGACCUAAAAAAGUAAACUCAGUAAAACCACACUAUGUUGUAAACUGCAGUGUUUGUGCUGCUUGAGGUCUGAAAGCCCAGGCAACAUCAGCUCAUCCAACCUGCCAUCUGGUGGCAACAGGGUUUAUGUUUCCACAUUAUGGCUGCAGAAAAGUCAGAAGUGCCUUGGCCCAAUGCGCAGCAUGCAUGCUUUGUUGGUAGCUUGCAAAUGCACUCUUGAAAUUUGGAACAAAUUGUUUUGCUGCAUCUAUUUGGUAUUAAAAGAAUACACCGUUUCUGCAAGAAGCUGUUAUUGUGUCAGAAAACAGAUUUGCUGGUUUUUUAUACCAACAAGUGUUUGCUUUUGCGACCGAUACAAUUAAAACCCGUUUUUACUUGAAGUUAUAAUUCAUCAGAAGAUGGGAAAUCUAACAAUCUCCCAUCAGAUUUUCUGACUUGAAGUUUGCAUAUCAAUCAGAACUAGAAAUGUAGUUUGUAAUUCUAAUCACAGGCACAUGAAGUCCAGUUAAAUAAAUGCACAAUGUAACCCAGGACCAACCCUUAAAUGUGGAACAGAGAAUCUUGAAGCAUGAUGGUUUGCAAUGUCUGCUUUUUGUACUGCUUGUGUUUCACUGUAAGACAACAAGUAACUGAGAUGCUGAGGUCUAAUGGGAAAAAAAGAACUGUUAAUUAAUCUGCUGUUCUGUAAACUCACGAUGUGAAUGAAGUCGACCGGUGUCGCCGUGUACAGAUCCCAGUGCAGCUUGUCCAGAAUGAUCCGCUCCAUGCGAAGAAUCUCCGCUGUCGAAAAGUUGCAUCCACUCCGCACCACCAGGUCUUUAACAGAACCAAUAACCUGUUGCAAACAGAUACCAACAGAAGCCAAAUAAACAUAUUGUUUUGAAAAUG